AUGGAAUCGAUAGAGUUGGAAUCAACAUCGGCUUCUAAUUUAUCUAAGAGUUCCGCUUCGUCUUUGAAUACAACAACGAAGGAACACAAGCACAAACAUCAUCAUCAUGAUCACGGAGAUCACCAUCAUGAUCAUGAACAUCAUCACGAUGAUGAAGAUGACAAUUCAACGGAUCAAACUCAACUUUUAAAAACAUCUUCGAGUGGAUUGAUGGAAUAUGAAUUGGAUCGUGUAAAAUUGAAUGGUGAAACGUUGAAGAAAAUUUACCUCUCCAAGAGUAAACCACUGUGGAAGGAACCAGAUUUUGUCAAGAUGGUUAUUAUGAUUACUAUGGUUUUACUCAUGUUUUUAGCUGAACUUACUGUUGGUGUGAUGGCCGAGUCUCUUACAUUGUUGGCUGAUUCGUUCCACAUGCUUUCCGAUGGUAUUUCCUUGAUGGUUGGAGCUGCAUGCAUUUGGUUAGCAAAGAAAGGACCAACUAAUUUAAUGACAUUUGGUUUUGGAAGAGCUGAAACAUUGGGAGGUUUGAUUAAUGCUGUCUUUUUGGUCAGUGUUGUGUUGUAUGUGAUUAUGGAAUCAAUUCAAAGGUUUUUCAUGCCGGAGAGGAUUACUGAUCCUUUAUUAGUAUUGUGUGUUGGAGGUGCUGGUCUUUUAAUUAACUUGAUUGGACUUGUCAUGUUCUGUGGCCAUCAUCCUCAUCCUGGACACGAUCAUGACCACGACCACGGACAUGGACAUAGUCAUAAACAUUCACACGAAGAACACGACCACGAUCAUGAACACGAACAUAAUCAUGACCAUGACCAUUCUCAUCAUGAACACGAACAUACUGAAAAGAAGGAGCACAAGGAACACAAGCACAGAUCUGAAAAUAUUUUCGGUGUCUUUUUACACAUUUUGGGAGAUUUCCUUGGUUCCAUUGCUGUCAUGAUUUCCUCUGGUCUUUUACUCAUCUUUGAUAAGAAGGAUGAAAAUGGUAAUUAUCCACACACUUGGGUUCUCUAUGUUGAUCCAGUUCUCAGUCUUAUUAUGAGUGGUAUUAUUCUAGUUACUGCCAUUCCUCUUUUGAAAUCAACUUGUAGAACUUUGUUGCAAUCUGUACCACAUGAUGUUGAUAUUCCUAAAUUGAAAUCAAGUAUUUUGGAAGUUGAGGGAGUUCUUUCUUGUCAUGAAUUGCAUGUUUGGCAACUUGUUGGAAAGACCUCAAUUGCCAGUGUUCACAUUCUCACUACUGAAAAUAAUAGAGGAUUUAUGAGAAUUGCCAAACAACUUCAAAAGGUAUUCCACAAGUUUAAUAUCCAUGCCUCCACUAUUCAACCAGAAUUCAUUUCAAGCACUUCAAAUAAUAAGGGAGAAGAAGCUCAGCCAUGUCAUCUUUUAUGUACCGAUACUUGCUAUGAACAUUUUUGUUGUGCUCCAAAUCCAGCAAAGGAAGAUAUUGAUCCAGCAGAAAAUGUGUAAAUAAAUUUAAACUAUUAC